AUGAACACCUGUGUAGCCAUGUCUGCUCCAUGUCUUCUUCCUCACAAGGACUUUGGAAUCAGUGAAGCGAGAAGUGGGUUAAGUCUCCUGUCAUUUAAUUCUAUUCAAACAGGAAGCGGGCAACAGUCAGUAACAGGAGUUGAAGCUUCAGAUGAUGCUAACAGUUACUGGCGGAUUCGUGGGAAGAUUGAUGGCAGUUGCCAGCGUGGAACACCAGUGAAAUGUGGGCAAGCUAUACGACUUACCCAUGUUAACACAGGAAAAAAUUUACACACUCAUCACUUCCCAUCACCACUCUCCAAUAAUCAAGAAGUAAGUGCCUUUGGUGAUGAUGGCGAAGGAGAUGACCUCGAUAUAUGGAUUGUGCAAUGCAGUGGGACUUACUGGGAGCGGGAGGAUGCAGUGCGCUUCAAGCACGUAGGAACUGAGGUGUUCCUUUCAAUAACAGGGGAACAGUAUGGCCAUCCCAUUAGAGGCCAACGGGAAGUUCAUGGCAUGCCUACUGCUAAUCAUCACAACUAUUGGAAAGCAAUGGAAGGAGUCUUCAUCAAACCCAGUGUGGACCCUGCAAAACAUGAUGAGCUCUGAAUUGACAGAGGAUCUAAAAUGCUUCAGCUUACUCCAGUGUUCGGAGAUGCUAAUCCUUGGUCUCUUAUAAGUCCCGCCUUGCCUAAGUGACUGACUUUCUGUAUUACUGAAGGGCAUUAGUUCAUUCUAGGAAUGCAGCACUUCUGUGGGGAAUGGCAUCUGCCAGGUUCAGCAAUUGAAAUUUAUUUGGCGAAAUCCUUUCUGAAUUUUCAAGCUUAAUUGAUGAAACUAGUUCAUACAUCUGUUAGGUUUUGUUGUCAUUUGUUUUGCUUGUUACUUUUUCUCGAAUUUGAAGGAAAUGGAAAAUACAUUUCUGUAGUCCCAAGUAUAAUAAAACAUUACAUUUUGUAAUCUUUUUCCAAUUAUAAUUAAAUAUUUGGAACCUGAUUUCUACUUCUUAGUGAGAGAAUGUUAUUAGUGAAGAGAUGGAGUAAGUCAAGAAAGGGAAAAAUAGUUCUCAGUUUCAUUGUGUACUGUAUUGGAAGAGUUGAAAAUACUGUGUAUGUUGGAGUAAGAAGACAAAGUUUUAAUUUAUUCACUUUCUCCAAGAAGUUCAGGUUUUCUGGUAAUGGUGAUACUGCUAAUUGUCAAAUGGUAAGACUGCUCUAUGACUGGUGCAGAAAGCUACUGUUUGUUUAAUUAUUACUAGAAUUUUAUAAAAUUCCAUGUGGUGCGAAGGAACAGUUGAAUUUGACUUAUGUUGUACUUGCAUGUCAAUAUGCAAGAUCAGUAUGAGAAUCCAGAUGAAUAAAUAGUGGGGCACAUAUACCCACGUGGGGGGUUUUGUGUGAAUCCAGAAGAGAAAAAAAGAAAUCUUAGACAAUGGUUUGGUCCUGGAUUUUUGACAGAAUGGUGUGCUCUGGAGUGCUAGCAAGGAAUCUUCACUGAACAGGUUAUGAAUUUCCAUGUUCCUCUCCCUCUGUGAAAAGAGAAAAAAAAUAAUUCUUGAAUGUGUUUGUUACAUGUUGUUACUGGAAAUAGUGAUUAAAAUCCAAAGUACCACAAAUUUUCUAUUUACUUUAAACAGAAAAGCUCACAAAAUGAGUGUAAAAAGCCAGAAAAUUCAGGUGUUCUUGCCUCCAUGUGUAACUAGUUUACUGAUUAUGGUCUUAAUUGGUCAAUCAGUUAAAGAAGCAGGAAAUUGAUCUACUGCUUUUACAGCUCCAGUCAUGUGCUGUAGUGUUGCUGAGAGAGUGUUGUGCUGAGAAGGUGCAACAGGCAAUUGUAGUUAAGCUUUAUAAAUAUGCCUACUGAUGUGUGCUUCAUACUCUGUGAUCCCUUACAUGGCUGUGCUGUACAGGCUAGCUUCAGGUUUUAUUUAAGGGUUUGCUACAAGUGAACAUCCUUCAUACCCUAUGGAACAAGGAACCUCUGUAACAGUUGUUUUGCGUACCUGAUUAUUUUUCUUCGAAGAAAAAGGUAAGACUGUUUUUCUAUGAAUCUUAGUUGCAUGUGGUAUUUGAGGAUUACGAGCAUUUUGGAGAAUACGUAGACUAGCUUUUGCUGUAUUAGAAGUAAACUUUUAUGUGA